AUGGAGAACAAAUCGCCGAACAACGCACACGAUUCGAAAAAACGGAAGAGGGUCGACGGCGCCCAAAACCCUCGUUCUCAAGUUCAAUCUCAAUCUCCCUUAGCCGUCAAAAAGCAGAAGCUUCUGCAAUCCCGACAAAACCUCCCCAUCUGGAGUCGGCAGAGAGAUAUUCGAAAUCGUCUCCGAGAGCAUGACAUCCUCGUAUUAUCCGGAGAGACUGGUUCGGGAAAGUCUACGCAAUUGCCGCAAUUUCUCCUCGCAGAAUCAUGGUGUACGGGCAAGAUUGCGGUGACCCAACCUCGAAGGGUCGCAGCGAUCUCACUUGCGCGGCGCGUCGCGGAGGAAAUGGGCUCACCUCUGGGAUCUUCGAGUCCGGCAAGUAAAGUUGGGUACAGCGUGCGCUUUGACGACAAUACGAGCCCUGGCACCAAGAUAAAAUAUCUCACCGAGGGAAUGCUUCUGCAGGAAAUGUUGAGAGAUGGGACCUUGAGCCAGUAUAGUUGCGUGGUCGUUGAUGAAGUUCACGAGAGAAGUGUGGAUGUGGAUCUACUUCUCGGGUUUCUCAAGCAACUCCUGGAAAGCGGGAAGAGGAGGAAACCGCUCAAGAUUGUAGUCAUGAGUGCUACUGCUGAUGUGGAAAGUCUUUCAGAGUUCUUCUCCACGCCGAUGACCAAGCCUGAGGUGUCUGGCGAUACUUCGAAUGGCACGGUACAUGGGGACGAUGAGGAGUUCAAUGGGUUCUCUGACAGCGAGCAACCUACGCCUGUGGAGAAGAAGCAAGUCUCUACCUGCCGCGUAGAGGGACGUCAAUACCCGGUAAAGCUGCACUACCUCGACAAUCCCACGGAAGACGUCGUGGACGCCGCACUACAACGCAUACUACAUCUACACUGCAAGGAACCCAUGCCUGGCGACAUACUCGUAUUCAUGACUGGACAAGAAAUCAUCCAGGGCCUUCAGAAACUGGUAGAAGAGUUGGCGGGAAAUCUGCCUUCUGAAUACCCUAGACUCCUUGUUCUACCACUUUUCGCAGCUCUACCCCAAGCGGCACAGCAGCGUAUUUUCGAGCGAGCACCACCGAAUACAAGAAAGGUAAUCCUUUCCACGAAUAUUGCAGAGACGUCUGUCACAGUACCUGGAGUUCGAUACGUAGUGGAUACGGGAAAAGCCAAGAUCAAACAGUAUCGCAACCGCCUAGGGCUGGAGUCGCUCCUGGUCAAGCCCAUCUCGAAAUCAUCAGCAGACCAGCGCAAAGGACGAGCUGGUCGAGAAGCAGCAGGGCAAUGCUUCCGUCUGUACACCCAACAGAGCUAUGGAGAGCUGGAAAAAGACACCAAGCCCGAGAUAUUGCGCUGUGACUUGAGCAACGCAGUGCUCAAGAUGAAGGCUCGAGGUGUGGAGGAUGUUCUCAGCUUCCCCUUCCUGACUCCACCCAACCGUGAAGCAAUGGAGAAGGCGUUAUUACAGCUUCUUCUUCUCGGUACCCUCAACGAAGACGGUAAGAUCAACGACAUCGGCCGCAAAGUCGCCAGACUCCCCCUAACACCCACACUGGGCCGCAUCGUCCUCGAAGCCGCCCGACCCGAACGAGACUGUCUCCUCGAAGUAAUCGACAUCAUCGCCUGUCUCAGCGUAGAAAACAUCUUCCAACCCACAGACACCGAAGAAGCCCGAGAAAAAGCCCUCGAAGCCAGAUCGCAACUCCACCGCAGACAAGGCGACCACCUCACCCUCCUCGCGGCCGUGCAAGCCUACGCCUCCGAAACCUCCGACCGCAAGCGCUGGGCAACGGACCACUUAAUCUCCCACCGCGCCAUGCAAAACGUCAUGAACGUCCGCAAACAGCUCAUCGCCCAAUGCAAACCACUCUCCCCGAACCCCACGAUCCGCUCCACCACCGACGAAGCCACCCAAGAGAACAUCCUCAAAUGCUUCCUGAAGGGCUACCACAGCAACAACAUCGCGCGCCUCUGUCCGGAUAAGACGUACAAGACUUUCGCGGGCAACCAGACGGUUGCGAUACAUCCUAGCAGCGUGUUGUUUGGGAGGAAAGUGGAGGCGGUGAUUUAUAAUGAGUUUGUGUUUACGACUAAGGCAUAUGCGAGGGGCGUGAGCGCUAUUCAGUUGAAGUGGUUGGAGGAUGUUUGGGGGUCGUCGUAG